ACAGAGUAGAAAUUUAUAGAAAAAAACCUUUAAAUUAUUAUUUCAGGUUAUCGUUUCUUCGGCUUGGCACCAAAAUCCAAAACCAGCUCCUUCUUCCUCGACAAAUUACGGUUUCACAAGGAAAAUUUCCUCUCUCCAGUAGCUUUUGAUCCCAACUUCAAAGUCAUUCUUUGCUCAUUUUUGUUUCGAUUUUCAUAUAAUUUAAUUCCAUCCAUGGCUACUCGAAGGCGUAUGCUCCUAAAGGUGAUCAUCCUUGGCGACAGCGGGGUUGGGAAGACAUCGCUGAUGAAUCAGUACGUGAAUCGUAAGUUUAGUAAUCAGUACAAGGCAACAAUCGGGGCUGAUUUUCUGACGAAGGAGGUUCAGUUUGAAGACAGGCUGUUCACACUGCAGAUUUGGGAUACAGCUGGACAAGAAAGGUUUCAAAGUCUUGGUGUGGCUUUUUAUCGAGGAGCAGAUUGUUGUGUUCUUGUCUACGAUGUGAAUGUAAUGAAAUCUUUUGAAAAUCUUAACAAUUGGCGGGAGGAGUUUCUGAUUCAGGCUAGUCCAUCCGACCCUGAGAACUUUCCAUUUGUUGUGUUGGGGAACAAGGUAGAUGUUGAUGGUGGAAACAGUCGGGUGGUGUCUGAGAAGAAAGCUAAGGCAUGGUGUGCUUCUAAGGGAAAUAUUCCGUACUUUGAAACAUCUGCCAAAGAAGGGUUCAAUGUUGAUGCUGCUUUUGAAUGUAUAGCCAAAAAUGCACUGAAGAAUGAGCCUGAAGAAGAAAUAUACCUUCCUGAUACAAUCGACGUUGGUGGAGGGCGGCAGCAAAGAUCUACUGGUUGUGAAUGUUAGAAGGUCCUCAAAUGGCUUUGGUCUUUGGAUCAAUUCUGAAAGAGACCCUUAGCAUUUGGUGAAUAUAAUUUAGUUGGUUUUAAGUUUAUUUUCAUCUCUAGUUAUGGUUGUGAAGUUCUAUUUGUAUCAUAAAAAAGACAUUUUGUCUAUCAUCGUUUUGUUUCUUCUAUUCCAUGCAAGUGUGUGAAUUGGAUACGUUGUUGUUGUUGUACUACUGAUCUAGAAUCUGGAUACACUACUCUCAAAUUCUCAAUCAUCAUUCAUGACUCGUAUACAGUCAUACUGCUUGACCUUUUUCCAA